GCCCUUGUCCCGAUCCGGAUAUGAACAUUGGCUUUGCACCCAUGCUGUCGCAGCCCUUCUCUUUUAUCGUUUGCACUGCCAUCUUCGCUGCGGUGUCCGCAGCAGCUGCCGAGAAACGGCACCGCCAUGGACGUCGCGAUACCGCUGCAAUGGACAAGUACAUCGGUCACCACACGGCUCUACCGACGGAGAGACCCCAGACGGUGGCGUUUCACCCAACAGGCAAGCUCAAAUCCUUCCUCGACCAUCCCGUUUCGGCAUACUCGUACGGCAUCGAGGAUGGAGACUCGGUGGGCAGGAGAUAUGCAGCGGCGCAUGCCACGAAACCGCAUGCAGAUCUCAUGGCCCGGGAGCUGGCGACAAACGCCGACCUCUUCUCCUCACUGAUCCAAAUCAAACGAGCACAACGGGGCUUAGCGAAGCACAAGGACGUCUCUCUCUCCAGCGGCAUGGAGGCGGACACGGGCCCUCGGCUGCAGCCUGUGGACUCGUCCUACUCGCGAGUCCUGCAGUAUCUCGCGAACCCCUCAUGGAGCACCAUCCAGCAGAAAAGCACCGCUGGCCAGGGCUUGGUCACGAGGACUGCUGGUGACCUCCUUACCCGCGAGAUGGAGGGCAACGGUGGGCUUUGGGAGACUUCUACUAGUAGUGGUCAGUCGACCAAGAUCAAGGCGUUCCUGCAAGGCACUCGCAAUCAGGCGAGACCCAGCGAGGGGCUUGUCUCGGCCCUGAGGUGCCGUGUGAUGGUCGAGGAGAGGAAGAAGCGGCUGGAGGAGAGCAGCCAGCAGCAGCAGGCGGCCAGCGAGAAUGAUGAGGACGAGGCUGCGCUCGGGGCGUACUUGGCCGCCAAGGCCCCCAAGACGGCAGACACCCACCACGAGGCCGCUAGCCAUACUUCUUCUCUUGGUGCCAAGGAUGGCGGCCUCAACACUCAGGAGGUAGGCAGAGAGGAUACCCACGAGGGCUCACUGUGUCUGUCUGUCUCCCACACGAAUGGCAAUUUCUUUGUGUGAUGGCCACAAUUCAUGCAGAAUGGUGGCGAGACAGUGCCCUAUCUGAAGGCAGACAGCAGCGACCUGCUCACGCGGGAGAUGGAAGGCAAUCUGGGGCUCUUCGUCAUGCAGCCCUUCGAGGCGACCCCCAAGCAUUCCCGCCCUGCGCCGCUCGUCAUCGAAGCCCCAGGAGUGUUCUCUGAAGUGACAUCCUAUCUGAACAGCAGCAACCUCCAGGGGAUGGAGCAAGACACAGCUGCAACCAAGGCAGAAGGAUAAUGGGCUGGGAUGUACCACUAAGGUAGGGGCUGGCUCACGCGUCGAUCGCAUCGCCUAGGGCUGGCUGAGCUGUUGAGAGAGAACUGUGCGUGCACUCAGUCAGCUUGGUUGGUGUGUGG